CGACAUUCACAUAGGAGAAACAACAACAGCAGCAACAUGAGGAACCUUCAUUCGAGAGCAUUUAUAAAUGUCUCACUGACAUCACUGGAAACCUGACAGACAGCGACAGAGACUAAGACGAGGUAAUGGACCAGAACGUCCAGCCAGUCCAGCGCAGGGAGGAACAUCAAAGCAGCUCCACCAACUGUCCAAAUAUCAAUAUUACAGCUCAGAAUGGAGGUCAGGUUUCAGCAGUGAUGCUGAUACAGUCAACCUUUCAUGGAGAUGUUAAUAUUACACAGAACUUCAGCUCCACUGGAAGCCAAAUCUCAGUCUCACAGAUCUCAGCUGAAUAUAGGGAGUUUGUUGUUGACAAGUGUAAGACAGUGGAGGAAUACAAUUCAUCCCCGGGUGAAUACAUGCUGCUGGAUGAACGUUACGUGGACCUGCUGAUGAUACAGAAACACCGAGAGGUGAAAGAGAGAAAGCAGGAACUCUGCUCCAAAGGACAGAGACUCCAGAAGGUCUUAAACAGCAGGAACAGGGAUGAAUACCAAAGAACAAGCAUUAAUCAGCUGUUCAGCCCAGAUGAUCGUGGACAUGUUCAGAAAGCCGUCCUUCUCCAAGCAAACUCUGGAAAUGGCAAAUCAUUCACUGCACAAAAGAUCAUGUUAGACUGGGCCUCUGGAUCUCUGUAUGCAGACAAAUUUGACUUUAUCUUCCACCUGAAGUGUAAAGAGUUGAAUGUAACAGAAGACACCAGUUUGGAGGAACUUUUGUCAUACAGCAUUAAACCAGAGCAGAUCACAGAGGUCCUGCACUCACCAGGCAGACUGCUGUUCCUCAUAGACGGCUUUGAUGAGCUCAAACUGCAGAAGACGACUCACACAUCACUGACUGACCCACGUAAAACAGCUCCUCCUAAAGACAUUCUCAUUGCCCUGCUUCAAGGGAAAAUGCUUCCCAAGUGCUUUCUGCUGGUCACCACCAGGUCCACAGCCACGCCUGCGCUGAGUAAGCUGCUCAAAACCCCGUACCGGUUCAUUGAGAUUUUGGGCUUCUCUGAGAAGGGGGUGGAGGAGUACUUUCAGAGAUUUUUUAAGGAAGAAGGGGGCGCUUUCUCCAGGAAAGCCUAUGAAUGCGUGAAAGCAAACCAAAACCUUUUCACAGCCUGUGUUAUCCCAGUCAUCUGCUGGAUCAUCUGCACAUACAUCAAGGAAAGGUUUCAAGAGGGUGCUGAUCUAACAAGCGGGUUGGAGACGACCACCUCUAUAUAUGUUAAUUUUGUGUCCACUCUGCUGGAGAAUCACUGUCAGGAUCUCAGUCACCCUGUCCGUGAUCUACUGAAGAGCCUGGGCCAGCUGGCAGAGAGGGGAAUGCUACAACACAAGGUCCUGUUUGAUGAGACUGUGGAAGCAGAUGUCAAUGUUCCUCCACUGCCAAUGUUCCUGUGCAAAACUCCCUUUAGGAAAAUAGUUCAUUCCCGCCCAAAAUUCAUGGUAGGUUUCAUACAUCUGAGCUUCCAGGAGUUCUUCACUGCCUUAUACUAUGUCAUGCUGGAUGAGGAUGAGUCCCUGAGGAACAUCAGAAAUCUGCUUGGCAUCACAGAUCAUGACAAGUGUGAUGAAACUUCUGCUCAUGGUAGGAAUUUAAAUUUACAGUGCUCUCCUGUGAUCCGGUUUCUUUGUGGUCUCUGUAACGAGACAGUAAGCACUGCGUACAUCAUGGAGACUGAAACAGAAACAUACAAUCUGUCUGUAUCACCAUCAAUUCAAACCCUCCUGAAGAAAUGGAUCCUGCAGGUCAUUGCAGACAGCGGUCAAAUACGUGACGGAAAAGUAGGUGAAGGCAUAGUGUUCAUCCUCCACUGUCUCUAUGAGCUGCAUGAGGAGGACUUUGUGAGGAAAGCUAUGGAAGCUUGGGAAGAAAUACAUCUGGGCAUUACAUUCCUGAGUACAACAGACUGCUGGGUUCUGUUCUACUGCCUUCAGUGCUGUGAGCAAAUCAAGAACUUGAACCUUGGCCGUUGCCUUGGCAUAACAGCUGACAAGCUGAGGAUGCUUCAACCUGCACUGCGUAGAUGUGAAAAGUUGUGUUUGUGUCUGGAGGAACUCACAGAUGCUGAUGCCAAUGAUCUGGUCUUGGCUCUGGGAGAAGGAAACAGCCUGAGAUACUUCCGCCAGCAUAAAGGCGCCCUUUCAGAACAGAGUGUGCAGUCAGUCCUCAUCACACUCAGCAAACAGAAAACCGUGGGUGUAGUUGGGUUCCCAGUCAAGAGCAUAUCCACUGAGACUGCUGUCCUGCUCAUAAACAUCACCCAGAACACAGAGGUUACGAACUUAAACAUUAGGGUGGAUGAAGCCAGUGAUGACAAUGUCUGCUCAUAUCUCGGCGUGUCAAACAGUGCUGGAGAAUUCAGGGUGUGGAUCAGUACCUACAGUACACAAAUUGAACCCUCGCUCUCAAAAGUCCGCUUUACCUGUCCACACGCUGUGAUCUCCAGCAUCAACUGGAGAGGCUUCCUACAGACCUUUCACAGAAUAAACAGCUCCACAGGAAUAUAUGAAGGCUUAGAGGAGGAUCUGUCUUCUCUGCUGGGUGUCCUGAAGUCUGUGAGUGGUCUGAAGGAGGUGGAGCUGGGCUUCUUCAGUCUGACUGAGAGAUGGGCUUCCUGGGUCCUCUCCAUCAUCCAGGUCUGCACAACUAUACACAAACUCAAAGCUUCAAUAAGUAAGGAACACAGCAAUGACGAAUGUGUCUGCUCAUCUCUCUGCAUGUCAAAAGAUGAUGGAGAUUUCACGCUGACUGUUUAUGGAAUCAGCCGUCCACAAACUGAUCCCUCAAUCUCUAAAAUCCGCCUCACCUAUCCACACUCUGACACGUCCAGGACCAACUGGAGAGGCUUCUUACAAACACUGCACAAAAUAAACAGCUCCGCAGAAGCAUAUGAAGGCUUAGAGGAGGAUCUGUCUUCUCUGCUGGGUGUCCUGGAGUCUAUGAGUGGUCUGAAGGAGGUGGAGCUGGGCUUCUUCAGUCUGACUGAGACAUGGGCUUCCUGGGUCCUCUCCAUCAUCCAGGCCUGCCCCACUCUACACGAACUGAGUGUGGACACUGAUAUGUGGAAUGGUUUGAUUCUGGAGGAGGGGGUCCGAUUACUGGAGAAGUCUCAGAAACGUCCAGACUGCACUCUGACUGUUUCAGGGAUGAGAUGCCACAAGCCCAGUGACCAAUGCACAGUGGACCCAGAGAAAAAGUUCUGCCCCCCACUAAUGAUGGACCUCAGCUGCAACCAGAACGUGAAGCUUCAGUUUUGAGCCUGCAAACAGAACCAGCAGGGCUGGGAUAAAGGAACUGAGUAACCAACCAAACACUCAAAUUAACCAAACAGUCAAAUUAACCAAACACUCAAAUUAACCAAACAGUCAAAUUAACCAAACAGUCAAAUUAACCAAACAGUGAAUACUUUCUGAUUUCA